UCCUAUCCCCUCUAUCCCUCCGAAACGCAAAGCGCAAAGCGCAAAGCGCAGUUGUUGCUCUUUGAACUCGAACGAAGUUCUCCGAAGUCGAAACACUCGUUCGAUUCGCUGAACUCUGAAGUUAAUUUUUGUUGCGAAAAUGUCGGUGGCGAAGAAGUUGAUUAGAUGCGUCAUCCUUGACUUGGACGGCACGCUGCUCAACACAGAUGGCAUCGUAGGCAACGUUUUGAAGGUUAUGUUAGGUAAAUACGGAAAGGAAUGGGACGGAAGAGAAGCUCAGAAGAUAAUUGGAACGACGCCGUUUGAGGCCGCUGCUGCGGUUGUGCAAGAUUAUCAACUUCCCUGCUCCGCCAUUGAAUUCCUCUCCGAAAUUUCGCCACUCUUCUCUGACCAGUGGUGCAACAUUAAAGCACUUCCUGGUGCUAAUAGGUUGGUUAAACAUUUGAAGAGUCAUGGAGUUCCUAUGGCCUUGGCGUCAAACUCUCCAAGGGAAAGCAUCGAAGCCAAAAUAUCCUAUCAUGAUGGAUGGAAGAAUUCUUUCUCUGUUAUAAUUGGUGGAGAUGAAGUAAGAACAGGGAAACCUUCCCCUGAAAUAUUCCUUGAAGCUGCUAGGAGGUUAAACAUGGAGCCUUCCAGCUGUCUUGUUAUUGAAGACUCUCUACCUGGGGUUACUGCAGGAAAGACUGCUGAAAUGGAAGUAGUUGUUGUACCAUCACUUCCAAAACAGUCGCAUCUCUAUACUGCAGCAGAUGAGGUGAUCAAUUCCCUACUUGAUUUGCGACUCGAAAAGUGGGGUCUGCCUCCAUUUGAAGAUUGGGUGGAGGGAACUUUGCCCGUAGAUCCCUGGUAUAUUGGUGGUCCUGUUGUCAAGGGAUUUGGUCGUGGCUCAAAGGUACUUGGGAUCCCUACAGCCAAUUUAUCAACAGAGGGCUAUUCAGAUCUCCUUUCAGAGUAUCCUGCAGGUGUUUAUUUUGGUUGGGCUGGAUUGUCGGCAAGAGGUGUUUUUAAAAUGGUGAUGAGCAUUGGUUGGAAUCCAUAUUUCAACAACAAAGAAAAGGCUAUAGAACCAUGGUUACUCCAUGACUUUAAUGAAGAUUUCUAUGGGGAAGAACUGCGGCUUGUUAUAGUUGGUUACAUACGUCCCGAGGUCAAUUUUUCAUCCCUUGAAAGCUUGGUAGCUAAAAUUCAUGAAGAUCGAAGAGUUGCUGAGAGGGCUCUUGAUCUUCCCUUAUAUUCAAGUUUUAAGAAUGAUUCGUAUUUGAGAAGCUCUUAGUACAAUUUUUUUUAUCCCUUAGCUUCUUGUCGAAUAAAACCCUGGUGUUAAUUGUUGUAAGUGCAAAAUCCAGUUAUUCAACUCGAAAGCAGUACGCAUAUUAUACCCUAUGAUUCAUAAUCAUGCCAAUGCAAUGUGAUUUGGAACAUGCAUAAAGAAAUACUGAAAAAAAAUAAGAGUCAUUGUUUGCAUUUUACUA